AGUAACAAACAGGUAGAAGUCCGGGAGGAGUGGAUGAAAGAAAACAACAAAGCAGAGAACAGCUUCAACCUGAAGGUUUUCCACAGACUUACCAUGACUGAGUACAAGCUAGAGGUCACAACGGGUGACAUGAAUGAUUCAAGAACAAAUGACCAGAUACACAUCACCUUAUUUGGAACUGAAGGGCAGAGUGAGAGAACCGAGUUUGACAACUUAGGUGACUUUUCGACUGGAACAACAGGAACUUACACCCUGAGCACCAAUCUGUCUCUUGAGAAACUUCUGCUGAUCAAGGUGGAGAAAGAUCCUUUUUGCUAUCUCCCAGAAGAUGAGUGGUACCUGUCCAAGAUAGUGGUGACAACUCCUGAAGGAGAAGCCAUUCUUUUCCCCUGUUACAGAUGGAUCUCGAGAGGAGAACUGGUGGAGCUCAGAGGAGGAAGAGCCUUGAAGGGUUUUGAGGAGGACCAUCCUGUGUUGAUUGAACACCGCAAAAAAGAGCUGAUACUUAAAAAGAGCUUUUACCGAUGGAAGAUUUUUGCUGAAGGACUACCCCACAUCAACCAUUUCAAUAAUGUGUCUGAGCUCCCAGCUGAAAUCCGCUUCUCUCAGUCCAAACUAAAUGAAGUAAAAUAUCUGAAAAUGAAAACCGGUAUUGAACUGAAGCUCAAGGGACUGCUUGGAUCUGCUGAAAAAUGGGAAAGCAUUGAAGACAUGAAGAAUAUCUUCUGGUGGAAAAAGACAACAAUGUCAGAGUAUGUUAGCGAGCACUGGAAGGAAGAUGACUUUUAUGGAUUCCAGUUCCUGAACGGACUCAAUUCCAAAGUGAUCAAGCGCUGCUCAGAGCUUCCCCCAAACUUUCCAGUCACAGAGGAGAUGGUGAAGCCGUUCCUGGAAGAGGGAAGCUCUCUGCAGGAGGAAGUGAAGAAAGGCAAUAUAUUCCUCUCUGACCAUAAGAAGAUGGAUGGAAUACCCCCGAGAGCCUAUAAUGGAGAACCUCUGCACGUGACUGCUGGUCUCUGUUUGCUCUACUUGAACCCAGAAAACAAACUGAUGCCCAUUGCAAUACAGUUGCAUCAACAACCUUCUGAGCAGAACCCCAUCUUUCUGCCCAGUGACUCAGAGACUGACUGGCUGCUCGCCAAGAUGUUUAUUAGAAAUGCUGAUUCCAUGGAUCAUCAAGCAGUCCAACACCUCAUGAAAACUCACCUUCUAACAGAGGUCUAUAAUGUUGCUGCUCUCCGCAGCUUCUCUGUGAUUCAUCCCCUCUAUAAACUGCUGUUUCCACACUUCCAUUGCACUAUGUCCAUAAACAUUGGAGCCCGCACAACUCUUUUAGGACCUGAUGGGGUUUUGACUAUAAGUUCACUUGGAUGUGACGGACUGACAGAGCUCAUGAGAAGGGCUCUCUCUGAAACGACCUACAGCUCCCUCUGUCUGCCAGAGGACAUCACUGCACGAGGACUGGAAUCCAUCCCCAACUUCUACUACAGAGAUGAUGGCCUGAAGCUGUGGGACAUCAUCAACAGCUUUGUGAAGGCAGUAGUGGAGUACUACUAUCCCUCAGACAGUGAAGUGCGUAAAGACAAUGAGCUGCAGGAAUGGAUCAGUGAGAUAUUCACACAUGGCUUCUUGGGAAACAAAGCCUCAGGGUUUCCAGAGAGCUUUCAUACUGUCGAGGAGGUGAUCAAAUUCAUCACCAUGGUGAUCUUCACAGUGACGGUUCAACAUGCUGCAGUAAACAAUGGGCAGUUUGACUACUACUCCUGGGUGCCAAAUAUCUCACUCCUGCUGCACGAACCUCCUCCAACCACUAAGGGGCAGUCAAGCAUGGAGACAAUUUUGGAGGCUCUCCCAAAUGUUGGAGACACAGUCCACUUUGCAGCACUGUUUUGCCUACUUUCAGAGACGUACUCUGACAUGGUUCCCAUGGGUUCAUACCCCGAUGAACGAUUCCAGGAGCCUGCUCCAAAUCAGAUGAUUAAGGAAUUUCAAGCAGAGUUGUCCAACCUCAGUGAAGCAAUUUCAACAAGGAACAUGCAGCUUGAAAUACCUUACAGCUACAUGGACCCUACUCAGAUCGAGAACAGUAUUGCUAUUUAACUCAAGCUGUUUUAUCUUUCUGCAUGAGGCAACUAUAUCAAUACCCUGUUUUGCAUGCUGGGUUGUGGGUUAAACUCUGGGAGACUAUACUCUAGGCUGUAUCAUGUUAAGUCGGCCUAUGAUGGGGUACCUCUAUCUUUGUGUGAAUUAAGUUUACAUAGACGUACUUUUGGUACUAGUUUUGGUAGUUCAUGUUUGAGCUUGGUCUCAUAAUAUGCAUAAAAGAGGUCAAAGUUCAAAACAACAGAUAUAUGCUGAGCAGUGAUGACAUAAUGUGAUGAUUCUCUGCAGAAAUCUGAGAAAAGAUAUAUGAAUCUAAAACUAUUACAUCUCGAAGAGGGAGUGUCAAUCAUUUACAUGAAUGUCUUCCACUUCUGAGAGCAUGCAACUGUUGGUUAGCUUCUGCUUACCAGGUUUAUCUCGAGCCAUAGUGCUCAAUAAGAGUUGGUUGUCCUUUUAAUGUUCAUUCUCUUUGGAAGCUCGUCUGUACAGAACAUACUUCCGGAUCCAUUAUAGCAUAUGUCUGUAUACACCUUCCACCUUUACGUGAUCUCACUUUCAAUGGCACAAUCAAUAGCAGGCACUCUAUGUUCCCAGCAUAGACAACUAUUUCCUGUUUAACAAAGUUCUGAGCUCCUGAGACCUCUUCAUUUGAAGUGCUGUACUCACUCGCCACUAUGACAUAUCAUUAUUGGCUUCUUUCAAAUGUCUGGGUGUUUCUGUGUGCACACCAUCCUCUUCUUGCAUGUUUUGCUAAGAUGUCCUUGUAUUAAACAUUCAAAGCAUAUUCCCUUGGAUUUUAGGAAUUCUACCCAAUCCUUGUGUGCUAGCCCUUUAAUUUAGAUGCAUGACUCCAAUGUGUUAUCUUUUGACAUAAAAGAAAUGGUGGUUGGAAGGCGUUAGCAACAUGUGUUGCGAAGCUGCUUCCUUUCAUUCCACUUUUGAAAAGUUUCUCCUUUUCUUUGCUUUUGCUGGCUGUAGAUGUCUAAAGAGUGGCUCCAUAGCAACCUUUGC